ACACUUUUUAUAUUCGACAUGGCUCUUGGAUUAGGUCAAUUAUUUUAUGUACUUCUCUUUUUUAUCAAUGGUAUUGCUGUAUUGAGUGAAGAACGGUUCCUUGCUCGAAUUGGUUGGAGUGCACAGAUGGAACCAGCUGGUUUUGGUGGUGGUGAAUCUCAAUCUAUCAAAUACAAAAUCAUCAAUCUUAUAUCGGCAGUACGAACACUCAUGAGAAUUCCACUGAUUGGCAUCAAUAUAGUUGUUAUCAUUUAUGAAUUAAUAUUAGGUUAGAACAUACAUUUUAUCAUCAUCAUUAUUAUUAUUAUUCCCCCCAAUAUCCCACUCUCCAUCAAAAAUUCAAAAAAAAAAA